UAUGUACAUAUAUGUAUAUAUUUCUUUGCAUACAUUGUAAGAUACAAAAUUUGAUAUGCCGCAUUCCAAAGCCCCGAAGAGUGAAGGCAAAGCUUCUCAUAAGGAAGACGUGUCUGCCGAUCCUCGUUGCAAGCGAAAGAUUAUCCGCUACAAGCCCCCGCUGAAUCGAUCGCUAGGCCUCAGCUCGGACUAUGUUAGCCUCCUGGGUAUGUUCCUCUCCGUGUGUGGACUGACAUUGAGGUUGAAAUGGUGCUCCUGGCUUUCGCUUUACUGUUCCUGUGUAAGCUUCGCCACCUCUCGCGAGGUUGACUUCCUAAGUCAGGGCUUUCCCUCCUACGUGGUAUGCAUCAGCGCUUUAGUUAUGGCAUAUAUGCGCGAUCCAGAGCCCAUGACUCUUCCAUGGAAUUGAGUUCACAUAUUUCCAUUCUGUAGCAAUUGUCAAGGUUCCUUAACAAACAAUCAAUCUUGAAUAUAACAAUGACUGCAUCUUUAAAAGUUCACAGUCCAA